AUGGGGCGACCUCGUUUGUAUCACAGUCCCGAAGAGAAGGCAAAGGCUGCUCGUAUGUACAGACAUAAUUAUUAUCAAAGGAAUCGUGAACAGUUCCGCCUGAAAAACAAAGAGCGUUAUUGUCGACGUAAAUGCAGGCCUGCCGACAUGUCUGAGUCCCACCAUGACCGAAUUCAUCAACAUUCGACUCCUGAGUCCGAACCUUCUAUCAAGAAUAAUGCAGACAUGGGGCUACCAAAAGGCCUCCAAAGGGAACGACAGUAUGAAUCGCCAACCUCACGUAUCAAGAGUCGUCUUAUGACUUUUCUCGGUGGUCCAGAUGUUGUGAUACAUGACUACCUUGAUAUAAUCUCCCUCACACUACUGGGGCGCACGGACAAUACACUCGAUAUCGAAGAAAUUCGAUCUUCAAUCAGUAGACUUCAAAGACUGGAGAAAGAUGCUCGUGCGGAUGAGGCUGGAAUUCUGCAGUACUACGGUGUAGGACCAAAGCUGGUGCAAUCCCAAGGCAUAGGCAAGGAGGUUCACCAUCUCCUGAGUGCGUUGGAGGAAGUGUUUAUUUACAGUCUCUCCGGUGUUGCUGAAUUGGCGGUCAUGUAUGAUCAGGGGGAUUUGUUAUUCCUCGCGGUAUUCGUCACUAUCUUGGCCUUAGAGAACAACACGACCUUCAUCUAUGAGACUAUCGGAGUCUUCAUUUAA